CUCACAUUAUUUGCCUUUACGCCAUAGUUAUACUAUUUAUUUAUGGAACAUUUAGUGUUCUUCACUUAUUCCUUGACUUUAAUUUGAGUUUUCUAUUCUUAUUGACAAUCCUCUACUUUGUGAUUAAACUCAUAUGUCAAGCUUUGAUCUACCCUGGAUCAUUUAAAUUAUACUAGAGGAUCAAUUAAAAUAAUCAAGGGUUGUUACAUGCUAAGGUUAAAGUUCAUUCAAAUUUUAGAUGGUAUAGUAACAUGUAAAGGAAUUUGAAGAGAUUAUAUAUUAACGUAAUCAACCAAAUAUCAAUAUCAUUUAAUGGUUUGAGUAUUAAGCAUAGAUAUUUUAAACAAUGUAGAACCUAAGCAAAUUAUAAUAGGAGUAUCACAAUUAUCUAAAGUAAAUUCUCUCAAUACUUCGAACUAAAUGCAAUAAUGAAUUUCUAUUUGAGUGUAUUAUGAGAGGCAAUAAAAUCGAUUAGAAAUAUGUUGAUUAUUUGAUAAUCAAUUUAGAUGGAAUAUACAACAUUGCAAAUAAACAUCUGAUAGAAUUAAAGGGUAUUUAAAAAUUAAAAAGAUGGUGUUCUUUAGAAUUAUUUGGUGGUUUGAAUGAAUUCAGAGCAAUGAUAUAAUUGAAGAAUCGAAAUUCAAAAAGAGUCAUGAUAAUCAAUGGAAAAUCUAAAAUUGAUUGUAUGUACCUCAUCAAUCAAUAAGAAGGCUUACCUAAUAACACAGUACUCUUUUGUAAUCCUAAUGGUGGUUAUUAUGAAUAUAUGUUCUACGACGUAAUAUUAAUAAAUAUAUUUAGUGCAAUUGGUUUAGAUUCUAUGAAAAUAAUUAAAUAAAUGUGAUAGUUUGGAAUUAUAGAUAAUAUGGUUAGAGUACUGGUACAAUAAAUCCAAAGGGUCUUUUAUCAGAUGCAAAUACAGUGGUCAAUUAUUUUAGAGAACAUUACAAUAUAACACGAUUUGGAAUAUAGGGAUACUCUUUAGGUGGGUCAAUAGCUAGUGAAGUAGCUUUGGAAAAUAAUUUGGAUUUUUUAAUAGUUGAUAGAACAUUUUCAUCAAUAGGAUAAGUAGCUUCUAAGUGUUUUAGUAGUCAUAUUAGAAUGAUACUGAAUAUCAUAACAGAUUGGGAUAAACCAUAAUAUAUGAAUUAUUGGAAUUAUAAAGGACAUAAAUUAAUUGUAUAAGAUUCUAAAGAUGAAAUAAUUCCUUAUGUUGCUUAAUUGCAGGUAGCAGUAGGAAGAGAAUGGUUUAGUCCUUAUAAAGAGAAAUAUUUUAAUAAGAUUACAUCAAUGUUAGAUUAAGAGUCAGUUAGUUUUUAGAAAUUUUUUAAUUAAAAUAUUCUGAAUAAUUAAUAGAUGAAAGUCUUAUUAGGUAGUUUAAGUCGGGUAGUAAAUUUGAUAUUGAAAUUUUAUAAAUCUGAAUAGUAGGUGGAAAUUAAUUAAGAAAGAACUUUGAUAAAUAUAGAUAUAAAUAAUUAGAUACAAAAUUAAGAAAAUUAUGUUGAAUUGAUAAGUGUAGAAGAAUUGGAAAGAUUAUAACCAUUAUUAUAUCCAAUGAUUGAAAUAAUGUUUUCUUUAAAGUAUAGUAAUACGGCAUUGAUAGAACUUUUGAUAUAGAAUUAAGAUAAUUUUGAAGAGAAAGUUUAAUGUUUUUUUGCAUGUUGUUUUACUUUUGGAAUGCAUGAUCAUCAAUAUAAUUUUACUUAAUAGUAUUAAUUUUAUAGAUAAUCAAUGAGUGAGUUUUUAAAUUAGGAGAGAAAUUAAAAUGAUUGGGGAAAUGUAAAUAAAUAUUUAAAAUUUAGUUAAAAUUAGAUUGUUAGAUAAUAUUAGAACAUUUUAAUAAGAUAGUUGAUAGAUUUUCUGAAUAUAUGGAUGAUACAUAAUAAACUUAUAAUUAGAAUGAAUCAUCAGAUAGAGGAGCUAAUAUUGAGAUGAAAUUGACAUCACAUUAUAUAUCAAAAAUUGGAUAAUUAAUUAACGUAGAUUGUGGACAUAACAAUAAUUUGAGUGAAUUAGAUUUUAGUUAUGUAAAGGCAUUCUUAAGAUAGAUAGGAAUAUAAUGA